AUGCUAAACAUUUUUGCAGGAGGUCACAUCAACCCCGCCGUGUCUCUUAUGUUUAUGACAUUCCGUCAGCUUUCCCCAGCUCGUUUCAUCCUCUACACUCUGGCUCAAACCGCCGGAGCUUUUGUCGGAGCUGCUGUAUCGUAUGCUCUCUAUCACGAGGCCAUCAAUCAGUUCGACGGCGGCAUCAGAGCUGUUGUGGGUCCGAAAUCUACAGCUGGCAUCUUUGCCUCCUACCCGGCCAAUCAUCUCGGACUUUUCGGUGGACUUCUUGACCAGGUCAGUUGGGGGAUCGCAUUGCUAACGCAGUGCUGCCGUAGUGCUACCGUAUCCUUACCGUGCAUUUACCGUAAUCCUAUGCCAUAA